AUACCCAUCAUCUGCAAGCCACUAAUCCUAUGAUGGGUUCAUCCUAUUUCUAUUAGCUUAAUCUCUCUCUCUCUCUCUCUCUCUCAAACCAAGGAGAGCUACCUCUACAGUUCAGUUAGUAAAUGCAGGGAGCUGCAGCAGCUGCUGCUGCUUCGCCAAUGCUAAUACCAAGAUGCAUGUGUUAACCCUAUUUUCCAAAGUUCCAAAUUCCCAAAACCCUAAUAAAGGUUUCUUUCAUGGAGAGAUUUGAACAAAGAAGAUAAAUAGGGAAAAAAAAUGCAUUGGUUGGGUGGAUUGGAGUAGAACUGACCUUUUUGUGGAGGAGUGAUAGAGACCUGAGACUUGUCGUACAGUAGCUUGAUGUAGAGAUGAAGCUCUUUAGAGAUGGCAUAGUAUGUCACCUACCUUUAGAAGAAAAGAGAGAGAAAAUGGGGCUAAAGAGAGAGUGAAUGAAGCUAACAGGCUUCAUUUAUCUUAGUCCCCCCUCUAGGUGCCUGAUAUCAGUUUGUGCAUUAUGAGAAAUAUGGAUAAGCAAUAUGAAGUUGCACAGCCAAGCAAAAAAUCCAUCCGAAGUCUCCCUAAUUCUAUUCAAUCACUGGUGGGGUUUAAAAGAAACUUAACUCCAAGUUGGAUCGAAUCGGUCCGACAAAUCAUCAAGGACCUGCGAUCAAGCAACGAAGUUGCCAGUUCAUCAAUAAAGUGCACCCCUCUUGAAAAGAUUCAGCCUUCUGUUAACAAUGAUGGAGGAACCGAUGAUUCAGUUAAAAAGAUUCAAGAUGAGCUUGAUUCCCUUACUUCCAUAUUAAAGCAGUUGACACUACAUAGGAGACAGGCAUUAAAUGACUAUUUAGACUUGAAAGGGAAUAUUCGAGUGUUUUGCCGUAUAAGACCCUCACCAACUGAUGUAAAUUAUGCAUAUUACAAGCCACCCCUGUUCAAUCUAGAUUCAAGCAACGUUUCCCUAAGAGUUGCUGACAACAAGAGUAAGCAAUACAGAUUCGACAAGGUUUUCCACCCACAUUCGACCCAAGAAGAAGUCUUCUCUGAGAUUGAACCAGUGAUUAACUCUGCAUUAGAUGGGUACAAUGUUUGUAUUUUUGCCUACGGCCAGACGGGCACCGGUAAAACCUACACAAUGGAAGGUCAGCCUGACAAUCCGGGUGUUGUGCCACGAGGAAUUAAAGCAUUGUUGGAACGUGCAGCGGAGAGCAACUAUAAAUUUCUGUUCACUUUCAGUAUGCUUGAAAUAUAUAUGGGCAAUCUUCGAGAUCUGCUUGCUCCAAACAGCAGGAAGAGAAGGGUUCAAAAGGCACCAUGUCUCUCAAUCCAAAUGAGUCCAGAGGGAGGCGUUGAAGUUGAAAAUCUAGUUGUGAUCAAGGUUAGUGAUUUUCAGCAGGUGAUACGAUUAUAUGAGCUUGGUAUGCGUUUUAGAUCAACGGCUUCUACCAUGGUGAAUUCCAUGUCAAGCAGAUCCCACUGCUUGAUCCGCAUAUCAUUGACUUGCUUUAACGCACAUGAAAGACGAAGAGAAACAAACAAACUAUGGAUGGUUGACCUAGGUGGAAGUGAACGUCUAUUAAAGACCCAAGCAAGUGGAAGAAGGCUCCAAGAGGGAAAAGCUAUAAAUCUAUCACUCUCAGCACUAGGAGAUGUUAUUGCCGCACUCCAAAGUAAAAAAUCUCAUGUGCCUUACAGGAAUAGCAAGCUAACACAAGUUCUCUGUGAUUCCCUUGGAUCUGAUUCAAAAACAUUGAUGCUUGUCCAUGUCAGCCCCAAUGAAGAAGAUUUGUGUGAGACCAUUUGUUCCUUGGGUUUUGCAACACGGGUGAGAAGCAUUCACCUGGAAAAUGAAGAGUCAGAAGGAGAAAGAGCAAAGAGAGAACUCUCAAUGGCGCAGAUGGAACAGAAGGUGAAACAAUUAGAGAGAGAAUGUGAAGAAGUAAGAAGAAACAUAAAGAAGCUCAAAGACAGACUCAAACAUGUAAGAGGACCUAUGAAUCCGACUAACUCUAGUUUUGAUGAUUCAUAUCAAUCCAUUGAAGAGGUGCAGUAUCCUGAUGGAGCAAUAUCUUUCCAAAGUUCCAGAAACUUCUCAGAAGCUUCAGCUGGCUUGCCUAGAUUUAUGCGACCAACAAUUUGUAGUCAACAUAAAAUAGGCCUAACCCAUUACAAUGCCUUUAAUACAAGGAAGAAACCACCAAUACCAUCAAAGAAGAGGCCUUCCUCUGUUUAUGCUGAAUCCAUUAUCUCCCCUUCAAAGGGUGCUUGCUUCUCUGACUAUAAUUCUGAGUGUAGUAUAUCAGCAGUUAGCUUGAAUUGGAAGGAGAGUGAAGAAAAUGGAACUGAAUCUAGUCAAGCCGGAUCUGAGUACGAGAUUAAACAAGUAAUUUUCCCAGAACAGGAGAAAUCACCAAGAACUACAUUGACUUCUGAUGAUGAUGAAUGUAUAAAAGAGUUAGCAAAAGUUCCGGCUAAGGAUACCAGAGAUAAGAAAAAUUUGGGCAUUGACGAAUUGCUCAAUCUAAAAGUUACAGAGAAGACUAGUACAUAUACUCGUCGAAGUAAAAGAGUUCUAGCUUUUGCAUUUGACAAAGAGAACAAGGGAAGGGAGAUUUGUAAGGCAGAUAUUCAACUUUGCAAUCAGAGUAUAAACUUAGAAGCGCCUAAUGAGAAGAGUGAAAGUAACACCACGGAGAAAGUAAGCUUAUAUGGCACAGUGGAGCAAUUCGGUGAAUCAACGGAAAUUGACCAUCCUUCUAAAAACAUGGUAGUGGGUAAAUUUUACAAUGGAUUUGACGCUUCAUCGAGUGAAUUAACAGAGAUCAAGAACCACCACAAAGAGGAUUAUGGUCAAGCAACCGAAGAGAACGAGUUAAUAAUGGAGUGCCAAAAAGAAUAUGUUGAGGGUACCAAUAAAGUUGAAAUUGGUAGUGAAUCAACUAAAAUACAAGCACAAAGUCCUGCACUUCAGGAAAUGAACAGCUGUAAGGAAGAAACUCUUAACAGUUGCCAAUCAAAAGAAGAUGCUGAAAAAUCUUGCUUACUUUCCGAUCUACCAAAAGUUGAUCAAAGAGAAACCUUUAAUGGUGCAGAAGUAAGUAUUACGAGAUUCCAAGAAGAGGAACAUGACAUAGGAAUAUUUGAGUUUUUCAUGCAGAUUCUUCAGAUAUUAUGGGUGCGUGCUCUUUUCGGACUGGGAUUUCAAAGUCUUGGAUUAAGUGAUGACUUCUUUGACGGCUUAAUGUUUUAAAGUAAGUUGAGUUCCAUUUAACCAGGCGAGCACACAUCCAUGGGCAAUAUACCAUACGUUGCCUUCAUAAGUUGCAAUUUGAGAGAAAUAAGGUUUGUCUCAAGGUACAUCAAUUAUUUAGUGUGUAAAAAUGGUUUUAUUGUAUAAAUUAUAGCAUCCAAUAUAAAUUAUAUAGUCUCCCAGUGCAACAACAUUUUUGCCAAAAGAUUAGUUAUCUUUCGUA